AUGCCAAACCCAAAUAAAAUAUUUCUUGUUGAAGCAGAUAGUCAUGAAUUUCGUUUUAAAUCUCCUGUUAAAGGUUUACAUGAAAUGCGAUCACUCCGGUGGCCAAAUACAGUUCAAUUAACUUUAAGUAUCCAACAAUCGAGCGAAAUUAUGCUCCUAUUUCGACGUAAUGCUCUGCCUGCAAUCGAACAUUUGAAUAUUAUUAAUGAAGAAAUACGUACUUGUUCAUCAUUACAGCAACAUACAUCAGUAUCGAAUAUCCGACUUCUCGAUAAAGAUCUAUUUUUAAUGUUAGAUGAUUGCCGAUUGCGAUCUUUAUUAAUACGCUACAUCUCUCUUGGCGAUCUAGUUACAAUAAUUGGUUCGUUAAAGAUGCCUUUACUUGAGAAAUUAACACUCAUUGAUAUGCACGAUAAUACACUGGAUCAUCUUAGCAAGUUCCAAGAAAUAUGUUGCUCUACACAUUUACCUGCACUAAAAGCUCUUCACUUUUCAUUAUGUUUUCCUGCAACACUUGAGCAUGCAUGGCGAACUAGCUCAGUUGGAUACAAGUGUGAAUGGCCUUUCGAUAAUCUCAAUUACUAUAUGGAGGACAUUCUGAUUUUCACUGAUGAUGCAUUACAUUGCAUAAAAAAGACAUUUUUCGUUGUCUAUCGAUCUCCAGUUAGCGUGAUUUUACAACAUAAACGUACUUUACAUAAUCAUGGUUUUCCAUUACAUGUACCUAUACCUGUUAACACAGCUCAACGACGAUACAUGGAGUGGACUUGUGUUGAAGUGAACACAAAUGAUCAAUUAAAUAACACUUUGCGAAUGAUUGCAAGCGGUCCUGUUGAUAAACUCAAGCUGACCUAUUUACAUCAACAGACAAAUAUGCCAACAAUACCGAGCGAUAUUGCAGGUGGAAACUUGUCGCUUAAUUAUUUGCAUUCAUUGACUUUUAACUUUGAGACAGUGUCGAUUCAAAGUUCUCAACGUGUGGCUAUAGUCCACCAUUUUCUAAAUGCAUCACCAAAUGUUUCACAUCUUGCAGUAGCAUGGAAAGAUUUUCAAAACAUGUCACACACUUACUCAAAUUUAAGACACAUACACCUUUUAUUAGACCAUAUGUUGUACCUCCAACCUAAAGAAUAUAUCGAUAUUUAUCGACUGACUCAAUUAACCCCUAAUAUACGUCGUUUUGAAACGAGUGGUGGAAAUAUAACGUUCAAUGAAAAUACGAUUGAAUUUGUUUUAAAUUUAAUUCGUCGAUUUCGUCAAUUAGUAACGUUAACGUUGAAUAAAGGUACUUAUUAUCAAUCCAAAGAGAAGCAAAAAAUUAUGUUCUUAGAAUCGUUGAUUGCAGCUGGUAAUGGACAAUUAUUUGAUAUUAAUAAUAUUCAAAUUAAACUUUAUUCAUGUAAUGUACUACAUAUUUGGCUUUAA